AUGCCUGCAUCGCAAACUGGAUUUGGAGAUUUCUUUCUUGGGAGAAACGUCAGUAUGCCGCCCGGAUAUCAGAUACCUGUUCUGGGGUGCGCACCAGGGGUACAGCCACCCCCUCAUCUAGCAGCUAUAGCAGGGGUCCCUAUGACAUAUCCAGGACUACAGGGGUACAGUUUUAUCCCCUAUCCACAGUCCAGACACUUGGGACACUUGAACGGCUCUUAUGAUCUGAAGGCUGCCUCCCCAUACCACCCGGCAAUGCUCGCCAGAGGAGGGUCAUUCUACUCACCAUACCGGCCAAUGGCAGCGGAAGACCCCAGCAGGGUCGCCAAAGUGGCGACCCGCGAGAGUACCAGCGCGCUUAAGGCCUGGCUCAACGAACACCUGAAAAAUCCCUACCCUACAAAAGGCGAGAAGAUCAUGCUCGCCAUCGUCACGAAGAUGAGCCUCACGCAGGUGUCCACCUGGUUCGCCAACGCCCGUCGGCGUCUGAAAAAGGAGAACCGGGUGAGCUGGGCGUCCAAAGGGAAGUCCGACGAGGAAGAGGAGGAUGAAAGCGAAGAAGAAGGUUCACUCCAGAAAGGUCCGGGGGACGAAGACGAAAUUGAGGACGAAAUUGACCCACAGACCGUAGAUGAAGAGGUGGAGGUGGGGGACGCUGGGUCCAAUGUAGUGACACAGUCCGUGGAUCUGCGUCUGUCACAGCCAGUGGAUGACAGACCUGGGGAGAGUAAUUCAACGAGCACCGCGCCUGAAACGGACGGACAGAACAAAGUAGACUGUGUCACAUCUAAAGCAGAGUGUAAGGGAAACGCUGAACACCAAAAACCUAAAAUUUGGUCCCUGGCGGAAACUGCAACUUCGGACAGUGGGACAAAGUCCCGCGAAGGGAAUGACAGUCAACAGAACAACUCCAAAUGGUGGGUGCAUUGGGCGCAUAGAAACGGACAGUUCUUUCCUACUGGCCACCUUGCACAAGACCUUCUGAGGCACGGUGGUUGCAAUGAGUUGAACUGUUAA